CUCCGCCCCUUGGAUCCCACGGGUCCCUUGCGGCCCUCCCACUCCUCGCACCGCUGGAUCGCUUUGCUCACGGCGCUAUCUCUCGAUAAAGUUGUUGUUGCGGCUUCCGCCGCGGGUGGAGGAAGAUGGCGUCGGGUGGUGGUGGCUGUAGCGCUUCGGAGAGACUCCCUCCGCCUUUCCCCGGCCUGGAGCCGGAGUCCGAGGGGGCGGCCGGGGGGUCAGAACCCGAGGCUGGGGACAGCGACACCGAGGGGGAGGACAUUUUUACCGGCGCCGCGGUGGUCAGUAAGCACCAGUCUCCAAAGAGAACUAAGUCCCUUCUUCCCAUCAACAAUGGCUCCAAAGAAAAUGGGAUCCAUGAAGAACAAGAUCAAGAGCCACAGGAUCUCUUUGCAGAUGCCACAGUGGAGCUAUCCUUGGACAACACACAAAAUAAUCAGAAGAAGGUGCCAGCCAAAACACUCAUUUCUCUUCCUCCACAGGAAGCCCCAAAUUCUUCGAAGCACCAGCCAACCUAUGAGGAGCUAGAGGAAGAAGAACAGGAGGAUCAAUUUGAUUUGACAGUCGGUAUAACUGAUCCUGAGAAGAUAGGGGAUGGUAUGAAUGCAUAUGUAGCCUACAAAGUUACAACACAGACGAGCUUACCAUUGUUCAGAAGCAAACAGUUUGCAGUAAAAAGAAGAUUUAGUGACUUUCUGGGUCUUUAUGAGAAGCUUUCCGAGAAGCACUCUCAGAAUGGCUUCAUUGUCCCGCCUCCACCGGAGAAGAGCCUCAUAGGGAUGACAAAAGUGAAAGUUGGGAAGGAAGAUUCUUCUUCUGCAGAAUUUCUUGAAAAACGGAGGGCUGCUUUAGAAAGGUACCUUCAGAGGAUUGUGAAUCAUCCUACCAUGUUACAGGACCCUGAUGUCAGAGAGUUCUUGGAGAAAGAAGAGCUGCCACGUGCUGUGGAUACCCAGACGUUGAGUGGUGCUGGUCUCCUCAAGAUGUUCAACAAAGCCACAGAUGCCGUCAGCAAAAUGACCAUCAAGAUGAAUGAAUCAGACAUUUGGUUUGAGGAGAAGCUCCAGGAGGUAGAGUGUGAGGAGCAGCGCUUACGGAAACUGCAUGCUGUUGUAGAAACUCUAGUCAACCAUAGGAAAGAGCUAGCGCUGAACACAGCCCAGUUUGCAAAGAGUCUAGCCAUGCUUGGGAGCUCUGAGGACAACACGGCAUUGUCACGGGCACUCUCCCAGCUGGCUGAGGUGGAAGAAAAAAUUGAGCAGCUCCACCAGGAACAGGCCAACAAUGACUUCUUCCUCCUUGCUGAGCUCCUGAGUGACUACAUUCGCCUCCUGGCCAUAGUCCGGGCUGCCUUCGACCAGCGCAUGAAGACAUGGCAGCGCUGGCAGGAUGCCCAAGCCACACUGCAGAAGAAGCGGGAGGCCGAGGCUCGACUGCUGUGGGCCAACAAGCCUGAUAAGCUGCAGCAGGCCAAGGACGAGAUCCUUGAGUGGGAGUCUCGGGUGACUCAAUAUGAAAGGGACUUCGAGAGGAUUUCAACAGUGGUCCGAAAAGAAGUGAUGCGGUUUGAGAAAGAGAAAUCCAAGGACUUCAAGAACCACGUGAUCAAGUACCUUGAGACACUCCUUUACUCACAGCAGCAGGCUGGGGAGCAGUUGGGAAUCAGGUCUGGAAUACUCCUAACGAAGAAGUUGCCCAGGUAUAGUAAGUUUUUCUCUACCGUUCAUGAGUGUUUUGCUGCUGCUUCCCUCUGGAAAUGGGGUUUCUUUCUCUCUGCCUACCUCAGCUACCUGUUCUGAGGAUCUCAAUCUGUUUCGUAUUCCCACUUCUUUAGGGAAGGAGUUUUAAAAACAUCUCUUAAAAUAAGAGGAGCAAAAUCUAUUAAAACCUAUUCUCCUGCAAAGGAGGCAGAGACUUUCUCACUCUCUCUCUUUUUUUUUUUUUUUUUUUUUUGGUAUCCCCAUCGUUAAGCAAGAACCUUUCUCUUUUAUUCUUCCUGUUUCCCUAAGCUGCUCAGGGUUUGAGUCUUGCCUUCCGAUGGCAAGUCUUAUUUAUAACUAAACCUAUUUUUGUCACCCAUCAAAACACAUCCUCAGUAGACUGUAUGAAGAUCUGAUAAGGACUUGAUGCUUUAUCUCCAUAGACAUGAAAGCCAUGCCCUCUGCCUCUAGAUAGGGUGAUCCAAGAGCUCCUGAACCUUAGGAGGUUCAAAGAAUCUCUACUGUCUGUGCCCAGGAGGUAGCCUGCCAGCAAGAGCCCCCAGGAGUUGCACGCACCGCCAAAGGGUGUUCACACAGAUCUCUGCCAGUCUAGCCAGGGGAGGCCAGAGUCUCAGCUCAGUCAAGGCUGGGCUUCCCCCUUAGCUGUGUCAACAGCUGCUCAAGCUGUACUGGUCAGAGUGGGCUUUGAAGCUCCUUUGUUAGCUCGAGCUGCUGACUACUGCCACUAUGGGAGCCUUGCGACCUCCAGCUCCUCCAACCCAAAGACAGUCCUGCCACUGGGGCCCCAGGUCCUGCUCUAUCAGUUCUCUUUGGUGGGGGGCUAAGGUUUGGGGUGAGGCAACCUGAGGCAAGACAAUGCAGUAAACAUUCUGAUUCCCUGUACACUGACGCGGCAGCAGGGGAAGAGCCAGUGCUGCAAGUAUUUUUUUUUAACAGGUGAAUUUUUUGGAAAAAGUCACUCUCCCUACCCCUCAGUAUCCUUAUCAUCAACUUUGGUUUUACCCUUCCAGUCUUUAUUAUAUGCUUGCUUUUACAUAGUUGUAAUAAUAUACACAUAAAAUAUUUUGUAUCCUGCUUUUAUCAUUCAACAUUGUACAUGUUAUAAGCAUUUUUCUAUAUUGUUAUAUAUCUUCACAAAGUUGAUUUGUAAAGCUGUGUAAUUUGAAGGCCUCCAUAGGGUGACUGUACCAUAAUUUUGAUUGAUCCCUUGUUGGAUUCUUGGUCAGGGGUUGUUUGUUUUGUUUUGUUGGUAACCUUAAAAUUUUUAAUAUAAUUUCAGAUUUACAGAAAAGUCGCAGGAAUAUCACAAAGAACUCCUAUAUAUCUUUUAUCCAGAUUUACUGAGUGUUUACAUUUUAUCCCAUUUGCCUUAUCUACUUCAUGUUGUAUUUUCUUAAUCAUUUGAGAGUAAUUUGCACAGAUGCCCCAUUAUGCCCAAAACAGUAUGCAUUUCCGUAACAACAGGACAUUCUCUUAGAGAAGAAGAGAAUUAUUUUAAGUAUUAUUCAGUAUUUUUUUAAGUAUUAUUGUCAAAAUCUGGAAGUUUAACAGUGAUUUAAUACUGUUAUCUAACCCAUGAUUCAUAUUUAAAUUUUGUCAGUUAUCCCAAUAAUGUCUUUUGUAGCCAUUCGUGCAGGAUCGUGUGUUACAUUUGUAAACGUGUAUCUUAAUACUGCAGAUUCCUCAGCCUUCUUUUGUCUUUCAUUACCAUGACAUUUUUGAAGAAUACAGACUAUUUUGUCGAAUGU